GAUACCCAAACGCUGUUCCGGUGCAUCCACUUUGGAGGGUAUAUAUAUAUACCUGUUCAGACACUUCGAUAUGGUCACGGCCAACACGCACCUCUUUGCUGUCGUACCGGACGGAAACAUGGCCGGAAAGAAAGUGUAUUCGGCGCCAAGGGCUGACCAGCAAGCCAGAGAACUUGCGUCCAAGCUGACACUGGAAGAACAGAUAUCUCUUCUUGCUGGAGCAGACUUCUGGAGGACAGUAAAGAUACCAGGAAAGGGGAUACCCUCGAUCAAGACGACCGAUGGUCCAAGUGGAGCCAGGGGCGAGUUCUUCAAGAACGGCACCAAGGCUGCCUUCUUUCCAUGCGGGAUAUCCCUCGCUGCGACAUGGAACCGAGAUCUUAUUGAGAAGGUCGGGGAGCAUCUCGGCGAGGAAACCAAAGCUCGUGGAGCGCAAGUGUUGCUCGCACCAACAGUAUGCAUGCAUCGAUCGCCGCUAGGCGGGAGGAACUUUGAAUCCUUCUCCGAAGAUCCAUUUCUUACCGGCAAGCUUGCUGCGUCGUACAUUCGCGGCGUGCAGAGCAAGGGGGUCGCAGCGACCAUCAAGCAUUUCGUUGCUAACGAACAGGAGACGCUGCGGAUGACCAUUGACAUUCUCGUGGCAGAAAGACCGUUACGUGAGAUUUACCUCAAGCCAUUUGAAAUUGCUAUUCGAGAGUGUUCACCCUGGGCGUUGAUGAGUUCGUACAAUCUGAUCAAUGGGAUUCAUGCGGACAUGAAUGAGCAGACCUUGACUCAUAUAUUGAGAGAGGAGUGGGGAUAUGACGGCCUAGUCAUGUCUGAUUGGACUGGUACUAACUCCGUGGCCCAAGCCAUCAGCGCAGGCUGCGAUCUGGAGAUGCCUGGUCCAGCCAAGUGGCGUGGCGAGCGUGCCAUCAAGGCUGUCGAGGAGGGUGAGCUCUCAAAAGAGGCUGUCGAAAAAGCAGCGGGCAACGUUUUACGCUUAAUCGAUCGCACCCUCGGCCUCCGGGACGUCCCAGAGCCUCCGGAGAAAUCCAAUGACAACCCAGAGCUACGCGACCUGAUUCGCGACGCUGGCAUCCAAGGUUUGACAUUGCUAAAGAAUGAAAAUGCAUUGCUUCCAAUCCGGUCGGCGAAAAAGGUUGCUGUCAUUGGUCCCAAUGCCCACCGCGCCAUCGCCGGUGGUGGAGGAAGCGCCAGCUUGAAUCCAUAUUACCUUACUUCACCACUGGACGGGAUACAGAGUGUCUUCAAAGGAGAGGUUGUCUACGCACAAGGAUGUGACACUGCGAAAUGGCUGCCUUUAGCUUCCGAUUUCUGUGAAACACCAGAUGGGCGCAAAGGCGUCCUGCUGGAGUAUUACCAUGGCGAUCGAUUCAAAGGCGAUCCAGGGGUGAUUGAACACAAGAGCUCGACCGAUCUCUGGCUUUGGGACUCGGCGCCGAAAUCCGUUCUGCCAGUGUACUCAUUCAAAGUGAAAGCCAUCCUCACCCCCAAGACGACCGGAAAUCACACAUUUGGCUUUUCCUCCGUCGGGCCUGGACGGCUGUUCCUGGACGGUAAACUCUUUGUCGACAACUGGAACUGGACCGAAGAAGGCGAGGCGAUGUUUGAAGCCUCUCAAGACGUCGCUAAGUCUAUCUUCCUUGAAGCCGGCAAGGCGGUCACCAUCCUCGUCGAAAGCACAAACGAGGUGCGUCCGGCCAGUAAACAAUCACUCGGCCCCUCACACGGGUAUGGCGGUUGUCGUAUUGGUUACGAGGAAGAGUCGAAGGAAGAUCUACUCGCAGCUGCUGUCGAUGCGGCAAAGAAUGCCGAUGUGGCGGUCGUCGUCGUCGGACUCGAUGGAGAAUGGGAGUCAGAAGGCUACGACAGGCAGACUAUGGACUUACCCAAGGAUGGCAGCCAGGAUCGUCUAGUCGAAGCGAUCUACGCGGCCAAUCCGCAAACUGUGGUGGUGAACCAGUCCGGUACACCCGUGACGAUGCCAUGGGCAGACAGCGUCCCUACCAUUCUCCAGGCCUGGUACCAAGGCCAGGAAGCCGGCAAUGCGCUUGCAGAGGUGCUGUUCGGAUUACAGAGCCCCAGUGGUAAACUGCCAACGACGUUCCCACGACGACUGAAGGAUAACCCGGCCUACCAUAAUUGGCCUGGCGAGAACGCGAAGGUGCUGUAUGGUGAGGGGAUCUAUAUCGGAUAUCGCCACUACGAGCGGUCCCAUGUCGAACCGCUGUUCCCAUUCGGCCACGGUCUCUCAUACACGACAUUCGCAUAUGGCGAGCCACGGAUCUCGAAUAACGUCCUCAACGAGAACCAAGUCAUCGAGGUGUCGGUACCGGUCACCAACGCCGGGUCUUUCACCGCGUAUGAGACGGUGCAAGGCUACAUCAAGGACGUCAGAUCCCGACUUCCACGACCCGAGAAGGAGCUACAGUCAUUCGAGAAAGUCCUUCUGAACCCAGGAGAGACCAAGGUGGUCAAAUUGCGGUUUGAUAAGUAUUCCGUGGGGUACUACGAUACCAGCCUCGAGGCCUGGAUCGCAGAGGAGGGUGAGUUUCAGGUUCUGGUCGGUGCGAGCUCGGCGGAUAUUCGGGGUUCCAUCUCAUUCGCUGUUGUGGAAUCGUUCACUUGGGUAUUUUAGGAACAUGGAGGUUAUGGGCCAAGGAAAUACUUGAGGGAUAUAAUGAUGGAGUAUCUGUGUUACAUGGCGGCGUUGGAAUGCAUCCGUAUAACAGUGAACCAGUGGGAUUUCUUGCUCAGGUAUCAUAAUUACAGAAUAGUUCGGUAGAUGG